ACACGUUUCUCAGUAUUUACUGAAGCAACAUUUUCUUGUAAACGAAGUAAAAUUUAAUGUUCCUUAACACGUUAACCGCCGCGUUGGUCACCGGUGACCUACGUUAGCGGAGGAUUUGCCUUCAGCAGUUUUCUGUCGGCAGUCAAAGGCUUAAAUAUAAAGGACAAUGUUGACUGCUAUAAAAAGAAAUUCUUGCAUAGAGCCAAAUUUCACACUUUGUGCAUUGUGCCUUGUUCUCAUGAGCCCCUCAUUACUGGCGUGCUAUUCAUCGGGGCAGCACUAUGAUUGGCAAAUCACAAAAGUAAAGUUUCCCGUUGUUAGUAACUACUUCGCAACAGAAAAAAAUUCCAAAGUAAAAAAAAUUAAAGACAUCGUAGACAAGUAUAAAGAAAUGGGUUUACAUGGAUUUCCUCCAUCUGACAAAGUUGUUAAAAAAUGGAGGGACUGGUACAAAGAUUACAAGAAGAAAACUAAAAACGCUGACUUCUUCAAUAAGAAGAACAGAGACAGGCUUAAGGCAGAGCGAGAUGCUGAAGGCGGCUGGCCUGGGGCACUUCAAUGGUUAGAUCUUGGCGAAGGUCUCGGUGGAACUCCAGUCCCACCAUGGGCGUACGUUCUGAAAAACUCCGGCUUACCUCAGGCUUGUAUGCAACCUAUUCAAAGGGAAAACAAAUGUUUCGACCCGUCCAUGGGUAAUUGGAAAAGAGGAGGGUUUGGGUAUCAUCCGUACAGAGGAACUUGUGUUUUCUACGAAAGUUACACAUGUCAAUACAAUAUUAAUUUUUUCCACAGCAAGGAAUACUGUGACCAAUAUUGUUCUUACGCUAGGCCAGCAUCAUUCUGUAAUAUGGCCAACAAUGUCCCUAUAGACUAUACUUACAUUUAUGACCAGUAA